AUGUAAUUAAACUUUCUUUGAGAAAUUGGAACAAAAUCAAAAAUGAUGAUGGACACAUUACUUUUCGCAAAAGAAAGAAAAUAAUCAUUCUGUUUAGUGUACAAAUGAGUAAAUAUUAUGGUUUGAAAACUAAGUUUCUGUCAGAACAUAUUAAAAAAAUAUCCAAAACUGUUAAAGACAGUCAAAAUAUGAAGUCGUUUUCUUAUCUUCUUGAUUAGAUUAAAAUCAAAAUUGUUUCCACUUCAAGUUCCUAUUUAAUUAGAUAUCAAUGAAAGUAAUGAAUUAGAAACGACCGUGUGUGCGAGAUGUCUAUUUCUACUUGUAGUGAAGAAGAGGAUGUGUAUCCACUCCACGAGUGUAUAUUCAUUGGUGAUGUUCGUAAACUCUCGUCGUUGCUAAGAAAUCAUGAUGUGGCUCGAAAAGACAAACACGGCAAUACAGCUCUGCACCUUGCCGUUAUGCUCGGCCGCAAGGAAUGCGUGCAGCUGCUACUGGCUCACGGCGCGCCAGUCAAAGUUAAAAACCUCGCAGGAUGGUCGCCACUAGCUGAAGCAAUCAGCUAUGGCGACCGCCAAACUAUUUCAUCGCUAGUGCGCAAAUUGAAGCAGCAAGCCCGAGAACAGAUGGAACGUCGAAGACCUGACCUCAUUAGAGCACUGGCACAAAUUCAAGAUUUUUACAUGGAACUUAAGUGGGACUUUCACUCAUGGGUUCCAUUAGUCUCCAGAAUAUUACCAUCAGAUGUAUGUAAAAUUUAUAAAGCUGGCUCAGGAAUCAGAUUGGAUACCACACUGGUAGAUUUCACUGAUAUGAAAUGGGAAAGAGGAGACAUAUCUUUUAUUUUUCAGGGAGAGAAACCGCCUAGUGAAUCGCUUACUGUUUUAGAUAACAAAGCUAAAGUGUACCAACGAGUGCGCUAUGAAGAAACUGAAAAUGAAAUAGAAGAUGAAGUAGAUAUCCUAAUGUCAAGUGAUAUACUGGCUGCUCAAAUGUCAACCAAAGGAAUUGCAUUUACAAGAGCACAGUCUGGUUGGAUAUUUCGAGAAGAUCGUAAAGAAACUGUGGCUGGGUUGUACAGGAGUGAUAUUUAUACCAUCACAGGCCUUGUGUUGGAAUCACGCAAACGAAGAGAACAUUUGUCAACAGAUGACCUACAGAAAAAUAAGGCUAUCAUUGAGAGUCUUACUAAAGGAAAUACACAAAAUCUAGAUACAAAUGGGGAGCCCACACGCCGUGCAUCACUGAACCCUCCACCAGAGAGCAAUAUAGAUUGGGCUUCAUACAUAUCAUCUCCGCCUGGCCUCUAUCCUAGCCUAGGCAGAGAGCUUGUCUACAAGGAGUCCUCCCGAAAUUUCCGAGCUACUAUAGCUAUGAGUGAUGAUUUUCCUCUGAGUGUGGAUAUGCUGCUAAAUGUGUUGGAAGUGAUUGCACCCUUCAAGCAUUUUGCCAAACUUCGUCAAUUUGUUGCAAUGAAACUGCCUAGAGGAUUUCCUGUAAAAAUUGAUAUACCUAUUUUGCCCACAGUGACAGCUAAAAUAACAUUUCAAAAAUUUGAUUUUCGUGAUGACAUUGCACCUAAUCUCUUUUUAAUACCAGAGGACUUUGUAGAAGAUCCACUGCGGUUUCCUGACUUAUGACGCUUUGAUAUUCUAACACUGUUUGCAAUUGAUGAAAGGCCUAAUUGGCGGCGUGAUAGUACUAUGCGGCGACGCCGUAUAAAGCGAAAGCCACGAUGUAAGUCAUUGAGGAAUAGCCUACUCACUAUUGAAUUUCCAAUACUGAUUGGUCUGGGUAGUUACUAUUCCAGCCAUUGUGUACUUUUCGUUGAAUAGCAAAAUUCAAAGUAGAAAUGUUAAAUUUGUGGUUAAUUGUCUUGUGUAUGUAGUAUUUUUGGUCAACAGUGUUAGAAUGAGAAUUAUGUAAUGUUAUUCCUUGUUUUUAGUUAUUGAUACAAAUGGCUCAUGUUUUGAAUAUUAAAUUAUAGAUUGUUUCUAAUUUAUUUUUUACUUUUAUAUAUUACAAAAACAAUUUGGUAAUUUCAUUUUGAAACAGAAGAUAUAUCACUAAAUGAUUUUUAUUUUAUUUGUAUUGUAAUUUGUUUGUUGUGGUUACUUUAAAAGUUUUAUUUACAUUUUUGUUCAAAAUGUACCCUUUAUCUUAUGUAAAUGAUGCAAAGAGCACCUUAAAUACUGGCCCUAAAUUAGAAAUAUCUUUGCCUGGCCUCGGUAUUAGCACAUAAUGUAGUCUGUGGCCUACACCUUUUGUAAGGAACACAUUAGAUCACUUAGGUACUAAUUUAGCUGUAAUAAAAUUUGGAGCUCCUUUAUAAGAGGUACCACAUCUUAUAGAAACAAGACAGUGCUCAUUCAUAGACUGGAGCUUGUGAAGUAGAUUUUAAAUUAGUUAUGCCAUAUAUAUUUCAUGAAGUAGGUCAUCAUUAAUAAUUAUUAUUCCUUUUAUACAAUACUUUCUAAUACAAUAUAAAUGUCUAUAUCUAUCAAUAGUUACUGAGGUUUGAGGCUAAGAAAUUUCAUUUAAACCUUGCCUAUAACAUAUGGAUGCACAUAAGUAUUUGUGUCAAAAAAAUAUACUAUUAAAUGAAUUUGAACUGAUUUUUUUACUAAUACAUAAUACAUUGAUAUAUUAUUUUUUUGAAUUAAUUUAGUCAAAUUCCACAAGAAUUACCUUAGUAUCUACCAUUUACCACAGGUGUUCCUUUGUAAAUAUCAAAAUUAAUGAAUGUAUAUCAUCAUUUUAGAUUUAUUGAAGUUUGAAAGCACUAAUUGUACUUAUUUUACUGAAUUUAGCACAUACUUUAAAGUAGAAGACAUGCUUUAGUAGUCGACUUGCGCAAUAGGUUCCCUAUAAUAUUUAGUAUAUGACAAUAAAUUGUAAACAAUCCCACCAAAUAUAAGAUUUUGUUUUAAUGUAUGAAAGAAAAUUAUUUCUUGCCAAUAAUGUUUGUUAACCCAAGAUAAAGACAUAUUAUGU